AUGGGCAGUAGAAAUGCUUCACCUCAGCUCUACACAUCAUUUUUGAUUUCGACCGUUAAAAACAUCUUUGAUUCUAUUCGAAAAUUUCUAUUUUCAUUUGAUUUCAAUGAAACGACUAACGAAUCGAAAAAGAAUCCAACUUGGAAGCAUGAAAGCAUACAAGUGCUUCCCCACAUGAACGUUUUGCCGAAAUCUCAUGGUCUGCAGACUUUCAGUAGCGAACAAUUAUCAUUUUUUGACGGUUCGCGUCCAUCGAAAGAUGUUUAUCUUGCUUUUUUGGGACGCGUUUAUAAUGUGCAAAAAGGUUACAAACAUUAUGGACCUGGCGGCGGCUAUCAUUUCUUUGCAGGCAAAGAUGCUACUCGAGCUUUUGUCACAGGGGAAUUCAGUGAAGCUGGACUUACUGAUGAUGUAAGUGACUUAAAUCAGCAAGAUUUACUCGGGUUACUUGAGUGGAGCAAUUUUUAUGAAAAGGAAUAUGUUCUAGUUGGUUUUCUGCAAGGGACGUAUUACGAUGCACAUGGAAUGCCUACGAAACGUUUGAAAGAAGUACUGGGAUUAAUUGAAGAUGCUACUCAUUGGAAAGCAGCGCAAGUACAAGAAGUUGAAGUUUUUCCACCUUGCAAUUCUGAAUGGCAUAAAGAUAAUGGAGGAAGAGUUUGGUGUUCCACUAAAAGUGGCGGUAUUCAUCGAUCCUGGAGCGGAGUUCCUCGGAAACUUUUCAGUCCUGGGACGAAAACAUACAGAUGUGCUUGCGUAAAAAACUUCGGAGCCCCUUUAGCAGGUAACGUUGGUAAUGAAAAAGGUACUAAUCGCGGAGACUUGGAUAACCCAAAUUUACACGAAUAUGAAGGCUGUGGUCCAACCGCGAAUUCUUGCAAAAUUCUAGAAAUUUAA